AAUAAUCUAAGUUUCUUCAAUUUGAGGCAUUCUUUUUUCCUUUUCAUAUGAUAUAUCAAAUGUUUGAUUUCUAUUAUUUAGCAUCCCCAGAAGAAGAGAUAAAAUCUUAUAAUAAAAAAAUAAUAUCCUCAUAAUGAGUUAAUAAAGGAGAACACAUAUCCUCAAGUAUAGUAAAAUACUACUAAUUCUUGACUUAUCUGGAGCCUCCUCGGCUUUAUCUUUACAAUCUUUAUCCAAGGAUGAAGAAAAAAGCACAGGCAGAGGGAAAAAAUGUGUAAGUAACCUUGACAAUGUCAGAAAAAGUUGCCUAAAUAUUUAUCAAUUUGAUUACUCACUCCUCUACUUUUGGAAGAAGAGAGGGAGGCUUUCAAGGGGUUUCCUUUUUUGAGUCCUUGAUUUUUAACACUAGAAAAGCAAUACAGAUAUUUGGAGAAUGUUUUUGUUCCUCAACUUUGAAGAUAAGAGCUACAUUGGAUAGUUUCAUAUCUUGUCUCAAGUGGGCUGUUUUUGUCUUGAAGAUUAAAGAGAAAAUGUUGGAAGGCAAAGCUUUGAUUCAAGAUACUGAUAUGUCUGUGAAGAUGCAGAUCCAUGCCAUGACUUGUGCUUCUCAAGCUCUUGAUCUUUAUGAUGUCUCUGAAUGCGAAUCUAUAGCUGGCCAUGUCAAAAAGGAGUUUGACGAGAUAUAUGGAGGAGGAUGGCAAUGUGUGGUGGGUUCAAAGUUUGGCUGUUUUUUCACUCAUUCUGAAGGGACUUUCAUCUACUUUACAUUAAUGUCUCUCAAGUUUCUCAUAUUCAAAGCCCCUUUUUGUCCCCCCUCCUCUCCAUAUUGAUGUACCAAUGUGUUUGGUUGCGAGGAAAUGUUAGGAGAAAAAGGCAGAAAACAGAGGUUAAGAAAAGCGCUGCAAAUUUCUUUAUUUUACCAUUUCCUGUGUUUUUGGUUAUAUCUUUGAUGUAUAUUUGACGCGGCUGUUUGAAGAACGGCAAAGAACACAACGCCAGAGGCGCACACAUGGAGUUGGGUUUUCGUUGGAUUCUCUAUGGGACUUAUAGACUUCUGCAAUGCCUCGAUGAGCAUGCACAAUUUUCCAUUUUCCAUCUCCAUACAUGAAUAAGAUGUUCUGUUUGUCUUGUUA